AUGGCGACCGAAACUUUCCUUGGGCAGGGAAAGCACAACGUAUUGACCUCUCUGAGCUAUUGGAAUGACCCAGGUGACGGUUCCGUACCAACCCCCAUUACUAUCAGUAAAGGCCGCAUCGUCAACGAGCGACCAUAUCUAACUCAUCCCUUCCUGAUCACUGACGUCAAUGGGGAUGAAGAGAACUACACUCUUGACCAGCAUGGAUUCCAAUAUCAUCAUUCGCCAAGCAAGGAAACCGAGUUUCUGGACGACAAGAAGAUCGAAGCAGAAUACUACCCCGAGUGUGCAGAUUUGUUGAAAGAAGUAACGGGAGCAAAACGCAUUCAUGUUUUCAAUCAUAAAGUCAGACGUGGACCAACACAAUGGCAUCAUCUGGGCUUCACAAACCUUGCGAAUCGAGGACCUGUCACCAAAACGCACGUUGAUCAAAGUUAUGCUGGGGCUGAGAAACGUUUGAGAUGGGAAUUGCCGGAUGAAGCAGACGAGUUACUGAAGAGGCGAUACCAAAUCAUAAACGUCUGGCGUCCAAUCAAGAAGAUUCGAAAAGACCCGAUUGCGGUUGCAGAUGCCAAUACUGUCCCAGAUGAGGAUCUUGUUGCGGCUGUUAUGACGGACAAUGGAUUUACUGGCGAGCAAUGGGUGGUGAGACAUAACCCAAAACACAAGUGGUAUUAUAAACAUCAUCUCGGAACAGAGGAGGUUCUCUUGAUCAAAUGCUUUGACUCGGAUGAACUAGUUGGGAGAAGGGCACUGCAUUCGGCCUUUGAGGAUCCUGCUUAUCGAGAAGAAGAGUCAAGACAGAGCAUUGAAGUCAGGUGUUUGGUUUUUUAUGAGGAUGAAUAG